AUGGAGGAGUCCGGCCAGAACCUGAACCCGACGGUCUACGAGAAGGCGGACGACGCGCCCGCGGAGGUGGUCCUGCCCGAGGAGGACGGGUGCCGCGACCCCUUCACGGCCGCCGAGGUCUUCGACCUCGUGCGGGACCUGCGGGACCCGGAGCACGAGGAGAUGACGCUCGAGCAGCUGCGCGUCGCGAAGCUCGAGGACAUCGACGUCGACGAGUCGGUCCCCGCCGUCGACGUGCGCUUCACGCCGACGAUCCCGCACUGCAGCAUGGCGACGCUCAUCGGCCUCUGCCUGAGCGUCAAGCUGCUGCGGUCGCUGCCGCCGCGCUUCAAGGUGUCCGUGGCCAUCGCGCCGGGCACGCACGCGAGCGAGCACGAGAUCAACAAGCAGCUCGCGGACAAGGAGCGGGUCUACGCCGCGCUCGAGAACCCGCACCUCCUCAAGGUCGUCAACAAGUGCGUCGCGGGCACGGACCGCGACCGAAACUUCGCCCACGACGCGGGGCCCUUCCCCCUCGCCCCGCUCGAGGCGCCGGCCUAA